AGGCUGCUGCGCUGGCGGUGUCGGGGAGGGGUUUCACUGUGUGCGGUGACGUCUUGUCGGAGCCUCCUCGUUCACCAUCCACUCAUCCCACCACAUCCAUCCCCUCCGCCGCCGCCGACACACACACAACCACCGAGUCGAGAGGAUCCCCCGGCGUGGGAAGAUCCGUGGAGAAGGUUUCCCUCCUACGGUCCAGUUAGGAGGAGGGAGUCGGGAGCGUGUCCUUGUCACAGGCACGCACGCACCGGAGGGUCGCCGAGAUUUUGCGCAGAGUUCGCCGAGUGAUGGUCACGGUGACGGUGAUGGUGGUGAUGGUGGUGAUGAUGAUGGCUGGAGCGCUCAUUCCCUGGACCGUGGCGGCGAUGGUGUUGGUCCCUGGUGCAGGCUCCAAGCCAAGCAGGGAGAUGUUCUGCGCGUGGUCCGACGACACGGCGAGCAACAGCUCGGCUGCCGGGCACGGCCUGCCCGCGCGUUCCCACAAUGAUACCAUCCCCUGCCUUGAGAACAGCCACUGCUACGGGCUGUGGGAGAAGGAGCCGAGCGGCAACUACCGCAUCAUCAAGCAAGGCUGCUGGCUACAGCCCGGAGAGAAGCUCAACUGCCGGCAGUCGGAGUGCCUCGUGUCGGUGCCGCCCACCAAUAUCCUCAACGGGCGAUCGCGCUUUUGCUGCUGCGUGGGAAACAUGUGCAAUGCCAACUUCACGGAAACCUACAUCACUCCGCCUCACCCCACCAACGUCCUGCCUCUCGGGCCACCGAUGAACGGCAGCUACCGCGAGCAGGCUGUCAUCAUCGCAUUCACGUCCGUCUGCACUGCUGCCGUCAUCAUUAUCAUCCUUUUCCUCAUCUUCCGCCUCUACACGGUAAAGAGAAAAGGAAGUUUCCACAACAUUAACCUGAUUGAGGCCCCAUCGCUGCCCUCCCUGGCGCUUGACAGCUUGAAGCUGAUCGAGGUGAUCGGCCGGGGGCGCUACGCAUCCGUGUGGAAGGGCAUGCUGGAGGAGCAGCCCGUGGCUGUGAAGGUGCUGGGAGCCGGCAGCCGCCACAACUUUGUGACGGAGAAAGAGAUGUACCGGCAGCCUCUGAUGGAGCACGAGAAUAUCGCGCGAUUCAUCGCGGCCGAGGAGCGGGUGCGGCAGGACGGGCGGCCCGAGUACAUCAUCAUCCUCGAGUACUACCCUGACGGCUCGCUGGCGAGCUACCUGUCCCGCGUCUCCAGCGACUGGCUCGCCUCGUGCAAGCUGGCACACAGCGUCUCCCGCGGCCUCGCCUACCUGCACGCCGAGCUCGUGCGCGGGGACCAGCACAAGCCGGCGCUCGCGCACCGCGACCUCAACAGCCGCAAUGUGCUGGUGCGCGGCGACGGCAGCUGCGUGCUUAGUGACCUGGGCUUCACCAUGCGGCUCUCGGGCCAGAGGCUUGUGCGGCCCGGAGAGGAGGAGGCGGCCGCCAUCAGUGAGGUGGGCACUAUCCGCUAUAUGGCACCCGAGGUGCUGGAGGGUGCCGUGAACCUGUGCGACUGCGAGUCGGCACUCAAGCAGGUGGACGUCUACUCACUGGGCCUCGUCUACUGGGAGAUCUUCACGCGCUGCACCAACCUCUUCCCCGGGGAGUCGGUGCCAGACUUCCAGCUGGCCUUCCAGGAGGAGGCAGGGAGCCACCCGACGGUGGAGGAGAUGCAGGUGCUGGUGUCACGGGAGAAGCGGCGGCCUCGCUUUCCCGACACGUGGAAGGAAAACAGUUUGGCUGUGCGCUCACUCAAGGAGACGAUGGAGGACUGCUGGGACCAGGACGCGGACGCGAGGCUCACGGCCGACUGUGCUGAGGAGCGAAUUGCGGAGCUCGCGAUGGCCUGGGAACGCUCCCGCCCACUCAGCCCCACCGGCAACAGCAACGUGCAUGCCACACCAUGCCUGCCGGCACACCAAGCCGGCCACAGUGAGAGGAACACCGUUCAGAACCGGAGAUUCCCCAGGACAGGAUUGUCCGACGGAGAUGGUGCAUCUCGCUCGACCGACGCGCGCGCCGACAGCUCCAUCUCCACAAGUACAUCCGUGUCGGGGGCAGCUACCGAGAAAAACCUCCAGAACAUGGGUCGAGGGUGGCACGGGGCCCCCCCAGGGUCUCCCGAGACGAGCCUCACCACCCUGUCCAGUGCCACCCCCACCGGCGACGACACCGCCACUGGCGUCCCGGUCCGGAACGUCGCCGGCAUGCUGCUGCUCGACGACGCCACCGCGGCCGAAGCAUCGCGUGUCGCGGCGGCGUCCGGCCCCACCCCUGCCCGUCUCCAGAUGAUGGCCGCUGACCUGCAAGCAGUUAAGCUCGACCCCACCGAGGUUGACAAGAACCUGAAGGACAGCUCGGACGAGAACCUCACGGAGACGGCCUCGUCGAAGUGCUUCGACGGCGCUGCGCUCAAACUAGGCCCGCUCGUGCAGCUGGCCGCCUCCGCCAUUGGUGACAAGCAGAGGCGCACGGCACCACCAGACGCACGGCUGUUGCGCUCGCAGGCCCUGCAGACGCCACCACGGCCGCCCUUGCCCAAGCAGCCCAACGUGGCCGCCAGGGUGCGGCCUAGCACCCUGCCACUCCAGUUGACGACGACGGCCAACGGCAGAGGCCUCCGUGCGAAAGCCGGCAAUGGCAGGGAUGAGAAGUCGAACAUCCGGCACGAAGCGGCGGCGGCGACCGUGGCGGUGAAUGCUGCUCGCCCCGUGGCUGAGACAGCCGUGGAGGACGAUCGCAGGCCGGGCGAGUCAGCCACAAGAGAGGCUGCCAUCGGGCUGUCUACCGCUCGAGACUCCACCUCGCAGUCACCUAGCGUCCAGGACGAACACGCGCCACUUCUGAGUGGUGAGAGGCACCAUUCGAGGGGGAGGUCUGGUAACAGUAACAACAGCAACAACAACAGCGGUGGUGCCGACGCUGAUGGGGUUGGUGGCAGUGGCACCGGUGGGGUUGGUGGCAGUGGCGCUGGUGGGGUUGGUGGCGGCGGCGCCGGCGGCGGCUGCGAUUGCAGCGGUACAGUGGCAGAGGAAAACGCCAGGGGGAUUGUUGCUGCUUGUCAGAGCCGGAGUUUGGCCGAGCGAAGGCUGCGGAGGCCAAACUCGCUGGACCUGGGCAAGGCACUGUUUGGAGGCGUCUCGCGGGAAGCAGGUCAGCUGCCGAUUCAAGCCGAGCGCAUCAAGAGGAGGGUGAAGACACCGUACUCACUCCGCAAGGGCCGCCCAGCCACCUGGGCUGCACUGUCCAGCAACGCGGCAUCUUGCGUUGACGCCUCUUUGCUCUCUGGCAGCUUCUCGCUGGCGCUGUCAGGCAGCAGCGAGGACGCUGUGUGACCUAGCGCUGCGCAACACCAGGCCGGGUGAUGGAGAUGCGGGAACUGUUUUUUUUUUUAGGCGCCGUCGGUACCGCCGUCGCCGUGUCAGAGGACUGAGCCAGGUGAGUGACCUCCGACAGAACAAGAUCAAGGCCGAGUUCAACGAGAGUGAUGGAUCGGGGACUGUGAGUAACAGUUUUGUGACACACAGGGCUUAGUUUCUCAGUGAAUAUUUUCUGGGUAACUGCUGGUCCAGAGUGUCGAUGUGUGACAAGUUUCCACGGCCAUACUAAGAGGUGUACUAGAUGCGGAGUGCCGGUUGUGGAAAUAUUGUCUGGGAUGCUGACCAGGACAGACCAAGGUGAAAUUAAGGCCUAAUUAAGUGUUCCUUUGGUCGCAGCAGUCAUGAAGGUGACACAACUAGGGAGAGCACAAAGUACACAUGUACAACGUACAUUCGACAUGUAUGUAUUUGCAAAGAGACAUUGGGCAACGUUUUCUUAAGCGUACAGCACGUGAACGUACUUUACAGCAAACUCGCACAAAUGCAGUUUUUGUUGAGACAUUAUUGGGUUUUUUUAUUCUGAAAUCAUCGGUAUCACUUCUGUAAGUUCUUGUGGUAUUUCUGAGAAAUAUCAAAAUAUAUAAAGUUUAGGGGUGCUACAUUAUCAUUAAUAUUGCUUAAACAUCGUUAUCUCGCUCUGUUAAGUCUGAUGAUUGGUAUAUUCCGACAUUUAGAUAAGAUCUACGAUUUUUAAGAUCUGUUCCACAUGUACAGCUUGUUCAUUUAUAGGACUAAAUAUUAUUGUACAAUAUUGCAUACUGGCUUGGUAAUGUUAUAAGUCUAAGUAAAACAGCAAGUAAUUAGUAAUUUAUAAUGUCAUUUCAUUGCCUAGAUAAGACUCGUCUUUGCUUCAUAUUAGAAAAUGAACCCCACAUGCAGCAUACCACGCAUUCAUUCAUCCCUGCAGCACUUUAGUUUGCUCUGAUAAUUUUAUUCGGUCUUUCUGUCAUCGUUAUUGCUGGUUUUACUGUAAUUUGCAGUAAAUUGCACUUUUAUGCAUACGUAUUUUUUUUUAUUGUGUUGAAAUUUGUUCCAGAAUAUCGAUUGCCUAUGUUACGUUGUAAAUAGCCAAGAAGCGUAAGCGGUCAGCACUUAUUUGCGGUUCCUCAUUCUGUUGGAAGAUUGGCUUACAUGUUUUGUUUAGUUAGCCUCGUUGCCAGAAUGGCAUAAAUGCUUCGGGGUAAGAUGCAGUGUGCUCUUUAUUGAACUGCCAUUCAUAAUGAGAUUCAUUUAAACAUUUAUAAAAACAAUGUCAUUUACGAAACAAUAAUUAAAAUUACCGACUUAUCUUAACCUUACGUUUUGUUUGUUAUAAAAUUAUAAAAAAAAUGCCACAGCCGUUUAAGAAAUGCAAUAACAACAAAACUGCAAGUACAGUAGUUUGAUGGUGUCUGCUGUUAUACAAAAUAAAAGUGAACAUGCUUUGA